CUACGGUCUCGAUACUGUCCAUCUUAUGUGCAAUUGACCCCAGUCUUUGCCGGUAAGCAUUCCUCACCAGAUUGCACGCAUUUUUCCCUUGCCGCUGGUAUCGUUUGUAUGGGCAGAACGCGAGGAGGCCGUGGUUGGCAGUGGGGCAUUACCGUCACUGACACCGGCUGCCACGCUAAAGGCCUAAGAGCCAAACAUCACACCUUGGGCCUGCUCAAUUUCACUCUACCUACCGCCCUCCUCAUAGAAACGCUUCCCUUCCCAGCCCUGACAAGACUUUGUACAUUCCUCACUAUAUUGUACUUACUCAUUUUCACUUCCACCGCCGAGCACUUCCUCGCUCGGAGCUGCUUACACGCUCCUAACUUAUUUGUCGCGCUCAUCUGACCCGCGCUUCCAAGCUUGCAGACCCUGUCAAAAACAACAGUCAACCCGUGACAAAGCGUGAUAUCACAUCCAGAACAUCCAUCUACUACGUAUUAAUCGACUGGUAUAUCUCACAAUUCAUUGAGAUUUGCAGCAUUGAGUAUAUUUCCACGUGAGGUAUGUCCAG